GCAGCAUCCUGCGGUACGACAUCUCACAAAGACAUGUCUACAACGUACUCAGACCUCCCAAUCCGGUGUUAAAGUGAUCCUAGCUCCUUAUGGACUAGCAGGCACAUUAACGGGUCAAGUGAGCCGUAUGGACAGUCAACUUCUCGAAGAAUGGAAACAUUUCUAUCCAAUCAGUACCGGCAGUAAUCCGGAGACCGGGCUUCCACCCCUCGUGGAGGUCCUCGUCGGUGGCGUGCGCAUGCGUUAUCCUUCUUGUUACGUCUUGGUUACGGAUAUGGAUGAUACGCCACCUGAAACUCCUCUCUCGCCUCCAAGCAGCCCCGUCACUUGUGAGCGACCCCUUUUAACGCAACAGGAACUGAGCGCAGCUACCGAAUUACCGGAACGCGUGUGGGCAGAAUGUACUUUGAGUUCACCAGUGUCUGCUUCCAAGACAGAAUCUUCCACGGAACCUGGAACCUGGACGUUCGUGGAACCGACACAAAAGUCUUCCUGUACCUGUUCAUGUUCGAAUAGGUCGGUACUGAGUAGAACGGAAGCACCUAGUACACCACCGGGCGGUCCACCUUCCUACUCGCGCGGACCACCAACGGGAGGAGAUUGUUUACCGGUGCCGUCGGUUGGCUCACCAAGUUCUCCGGCACCAUCGCCCCUCCUGACUCCACACUCCGAGCCGGCGUCGGUCCCGCCCGCGGAGCCUACGAUGCCGACUCUCAGCCCGCAACCUCCACCAAGUCACACAAACACUGCCCUACCCCUAACCCCGUCGCAAGGGCCCAAGUCCAUUUCUUCCGCGUGCAACAACCAGGUGCACAGUCCAUCGGUUCCUGGACCGGUACUGAAACGACCAAUUUUGGUAUCCCGAGAGUACGAAGGUGCUCUCUUGGAAGAUGAGCAACCGCUAUCUUGGCUCUACGAUUAUUCACUCCAGGAAGCUUGGCUGAAUCAUCCUGUGAAGCGUUUUAAAUCCAUGAACAUCAGCACUCCGCCGACUAACCGGAGCAACAUUCUAUACCCACCAAUGAACUCUCAAACGCUCCAAUCUCAAGCUCCUAAGCUGGAAAUUAAACAAGAACCUGUCGCAGUUGGCGAAUGUAUCGGAAGAAGAACAGAUCCAUAUGAGUUCGAUGCGACAGGCGAGGAAAAUGGCACAAAUGUCGACGGUCUCAGACGACAAAGGGACGAUCCAACUAAACCAGGAUCUCUUUUCACCAGCGAGGGUCUUCAGCCUUCCUAUAAAGAUUUAGAUCAAAUAUUCGAUAAUUCCGAUCCUGAUACUUCCAGCGAUGAAACGAAUCUGAAUCAACUACAAAUACAAACGCCACCAGGCUCGAAUAAAUCUGGUGGAUUGCACGAAGAGACGAGGGUGGACGGUGCAAACAAGAAUAACAAUCGAGGAGUCACAGUUUUACGACCAGAAGAAUUAUCCAAAAUGUUUCCAACUCCUCCGUCUCUAGAGCAUAAUCCUGUUGCUUCGCCUUGCCAACUAAGUGACCCUCUCAUGGACCAGACUGAGCUGCUGAUGCCUUCGCGACCGCUCAGACACCUGCCCGACAUCUAUCCUAAUAUGGGUUCUCCACAAGAAGAGCCAAUUGACGAUUGGUCAUACGUGUUCAAGCCGGCGGCCAUCAGCAAGAUGGUCGGUUCUUCCAAGUACGCACCUCUCACGAAUCUGCCUAGCCAAUCUCUGCCAUCCAUCACACUGCCAUCGCACUGCGUGUACAGACCUUCCUGGCAGUGCAAUUCUGCUUCCACCAAUCAGGCGGACAAACCUCUUCCACCAACCAGGCCCGGAUCAGUGCAACAGCAACAGCAGCAGCAGCAACAACAGCAGCAGCAGCAGCAGCAGCAGCAACAACAACAACAACAGCAACCUUGUCCACAAAGUCCGGCGCCACCUUACCGUUCAAACACUCUGCCUGGUAGGCCACCACCACCCCCUUACGACCAACCCAGCCCAGCCACAUCCACUACUUCUUCAUAUCUCAAUAAAAAUCUCAAUAGCAUCGAGGCGGAUACACCGGGACCCGCUCGCGCACCUGAAUCAAAUUCUCUCGUAGUGAAUAUUCUUCUGGGUGACACUGCACUCAAUAUCUUCCGCGAUCAUAACUUCGACAGUUGCAGUCUGUGUGUGUGCAAUGCUGGGCCCAAGGUUGUAGGCAAUAUCAAAGGCGCUGAUGCGGGCGUUUAUCUCAGCAAUUCGUGGGUGGGUUCUGCGCUCUUCCAAGACGACGAUCAAAUCAGAUGUAGUUGUGGCUUCAGCGCCGUAGUGAAUCGACGACUCGCGCAUCGAGCGGGUCUAUUUUAUGAAGAUGAAAUGGAGAUCACGGGCGUCGCCGAAGAUCCGGCGGAGAAGAAGAAGGGUUCGCUUACCGCGGUCGCGUGUCCCGGAGCGAAAGCGGCCCCCGAAGGUCUCGAUACGAUACCACCAAAUGUUCUCGAAUUAUUACGCGAACAAUGCCUGAUCGUUCAAAGUUCUGCCAGCAGUUUGUAUAGAGCGGCCAGGAUAUGCGCCACCGUGAAAAGCUAUCCAACGUUGACGCCGACGGUGAACACUCUAGAGUUCAACGAUGGUAAUGAGGUAUGCGUCGCUGCGCUCGAUCAAGGCAAACUCGACGGCGCGCAUAACGAGAGGGCGGCGCGUGUAAACGGUGUGCAUCGGUGGGUGUUUCUCAGGGCACGAGGUCCUCAAUGUAGCGGUGACAUCGUGCGAAUGAUGAGAUCGCUACAGCCGCUGCUCCAGGACGCGGUACAGAAGAAGUGUACGACGCGCAUGUGGGAAGCGCCGUAUACUGUCACUGGACCGCUCACAUGGCGACAAUUCCAUCGUUUGGCCGGUCGCGGCACUGAUGAUCGUUGUGAGCCACAACCAAUACCUGCUCUAGUCGUCGGAUAUGAUCGUGAUUGGUUGUCAUUGUCGCCGUACGCGGUCUGCUUCUGGGAAAAACUGUCUUUAGAACCGUUUGCCGGGCAUAGAGAUGUCGCCUACGUGGUCGUCGCACCUGACAGUGAUUGUAUUGUCAAUAGAGUGAAAUCGUUUUUCCGAGAACUUUCCUGCACGUAUGAGAUUUGCCGAUUAGGAAGACACACGCCAAUUUCGAAACAACUACGCGAUGGAAUUCUGCGCGUCGGGAAGUCAACUGUGCAGAAACUGGCGAAACAACCGAUGGAUGAUUGGUUCAAGUUUUUGGGAGAGAAUCAUAUAGGCGAACUAUUGAGAUUGUAUGCCCAAGUGUGUAAUCAUCGAUUGGCUCCAUAUUUGACGCAGGUCAUACAAGAUCGUAGUUUGUUGGAUCCUGGUGAUUCUCAACAAGCUAACAAACAGCAGCAACAGCAAUCCACAACAAUUCCCGUUCCUGAUACAAUGCCAGCUACACCCGAUGUAUUAUCAACCAAACCUGAGUCUGUCGAAGGGGAAAAUCCGAGGAGUGAGACUCCCUCCUCGAGCACAGCAACGAAUCAGACUACUACUAAUACAACCGGUAAUACGACACCGACAUCGCAACCUACAAGCAACACGCCGAUUACUACGACCACAGGUCCGGAUGAAGAAGAAAUUGAACCUCCAGCCAUCGUUGUUUAUUUUGUUGAACCUUUUUCGUUAGGCGGUACCGAGGAUCCUGAUCGACGUCGGCUUGCUAUUCUAGCUCUACUCAGAGCUUACUCUUCUGCGAUCAAUAGCAUGCCUGAAAAUAUGAGAUCAAAUAUUCACGUUCAGAUAAUAUCCUUGGAAAGCAUAAUGGAAUUGGGUCGAGCUCGAGAAAGGCGAAAGAUUCAAGAUGAGAUGAGAGCCUUGGCGUUAAAUGUCUUCUUGCAAGGACGUCGAUUAUUAAAUCAUAAUUCUACGGUGAAAAGCCUUACUGGUUUCGGUACUGCCGCCGCUGCAGACAUCUUCCUCAAAAGUAAAGAUGAACGAAAUAGAGCACCUUAUCGUCUCUACGCACCGGCCUUCGUAUUAGCACCAUUGCGGGCAAAGAGUGAAGCUCCCGAAUCAUUUGGCAUGCCGAGACCCGAAGAAUGCGCGGUGCUCUAUCUGAGUUACUGUUUGAGUGAGGAUCAGUCUUGGCUGUUGGCGGCCGCAACGGACGAUAGAGGCGAAAUUUUCGAAACCGCUACCAUUAAUAUCGACAUACCUAACAGGAAAAGAAGAAAGCGCGCUUCAGCUAGGCGUAUUGGCCUUCAAAAGCUUAUGGACUUUAUAUUGAGUGUAAUGUCCCAAGGUGUACAACCAUGGAGACUGGUCGUUGGUCGAGUAGGACGCAUUGGACAUGGCGAAUUAAAAGGAUGGAGCUGGUUACUUUCUAGAAAAGCGCUUCUGAAAGCUUCAAAGCAUCUGAAAGAGAUAUGCGGACAGUGUAGUCUCUUAUAUCCCUCGGCGGCACCUUGCGUACUCAGUGCGUGUUUAGUCUCACUCGAGCCAGAUUCCACUCUAAGAUUAAUGGCCGAUCAAUUCACUCCCGAUGAAAGAUUCAGUCAGGCAUCUGUAAACUGCCAGUUAUCCACACCUCAAGAUGUCACAUGUACUCAUAUACUUGUUUUCCCAACAUCCGCUACCACUCAGUCGUCGCAGACCGCAUUUCAAGAGCAACACAACGUACCCGAGUUAGGAGACGACGAAUUAUUUUCCGCUUUAAACGAUGAUAUGCCGGAAGGUAUGGAGGGAAUGGGUGACUUCAAUGAUAUUUUCAAUGUUUGGCCUGAGCCGGGCGCAGGCGGUGGGCAAAGUCCAAGCGGAAGUCCGCAUCGUCCUGAAGGUUCACCGCAUGGUGGAGAUGGCGGUGGAUCAGGCUUAGGCAAUCACGAUGGGCCUGGCAGUCCAUUUCCGUGCAGCAACACGCCAAGAAUAGCGACGACUGAGCAAGCAGAAGAAGUUGGCACGCUUCUACAACAACCACUCGCUCUUGGUUACCUAGUAUCAACUGCGCCAACGGGACGAAUGCCAUCAUGGUUUUGGGCAGCUUGUCCACAUCUCGAAAACGUUUGCCCAGUAUUCCUGAAGAACGCGUUACACCUGCACAGUCCCGCAAUACAACAGAACAGCGACGAUUUACUUCAGCAACAAAACGCACCUACUGCUCAUCCAUUGGACUCGCAGUAUACCACUGACGUGCUUAGGUACGUGUUGGAAGGGUACAACGCACUGUCGUGGCUUGCACUGGAUGCAAACACCAAGGAUCGACUGUCCUGCUUACCAGUGCACGUACAGGCGCUCAUGCAUCUCUACCAUGCGACGGCAGCUCUCGUCUGACCCACACCCUCUCCCGUUGUAGUGCAGUAUAUGCACCUCUCUCACGCACUCCUUAUUGUACCGUCACUUGGGGCUUUACGAGAGCAACUAAUUUCCUAUGCCCUUUACCUGUACUACAUUAGUUAGGUACUUAGAGAGAAAGAGAUUGUCUAGGUACAGAGUACGAUCCUUCUCGACCAUAUGUAAAGAGAACCGGGCUUUUUUUACUCGGACUCUAAUUAAUACAAAAGUUAGCGCAAUGAAAAUGCAAAGGCUGAAAAUGCAGAACUCAAUGAGAACGAACAGCGACUCUCUUUACCAUUUUUCUAUUAUAACAGGCGAAAUAGAUUGUACUUUGUGUUUAUGAUCGUAUCUCGUAUUUCGUAAGGAAAAAAUGAACUGCGCAUCCAAUACGACCAUUACCAGCGAAAGCAAAUGUGAAACUUUGCGAAUGGUAGAAGCGAAGAUGCGAGCGAUGAAAGAUACUGUGAGAAAGGAAGAAAGAUAGGGUACGAAAGAAUGAGAAUGAAAGA